CUGAGUCUGGGCUCCGCUGGCUGGUGGAUGUGCGGAGCUGCUGUUUACCGCAACAAAGAAAGCGUCGCUACACCGCGAAAACAUUUCUAACAGCGCCGGAGGAGAGUCGCUGUCAGCUGCAAGAAGACAGGAGAGUCCCCCGGUCCUUGUUAUUCCACAGAGAAAUCCUCCGAGAAGAAGUGUCGGCGGGGGACGAGUUGUGUUCGACCUAACCGUGAACACCGCUGACACCCACCUGAGGGAGACGCUGCCUAAGAUCUCAAGGCUGCUUGGUCGUGGUCUUUCUGACUGAAGUGGAACUGAAACUGGAGUGGGCUGAAAGUCUGUCCGGAGCUGCGACUUGUCAGCGGAGAACGUCGUGACGGUGCUGCCUUGGAAACACUCGCCGGAGUUGGCGCACAAGACUGACAUCAGCUCUGUUUUUAUGGAGACAUUUGUGGCAUGAAACCAGAUCACAUACAUCUGUCAUUCAUCACCUCCUCCUCCUUCAUCUCCCUCCAUCACUCUCCAGUUAGGAACUCUCACCCCGUCUGUGCUGCAUUGAUGAGGUAACGUCGAGCUCCGCUCCACGCAGCACCCACCUGCACAAACGCCACCUUCCCCCAUUUCCUUCCCCUUCCUUCUGUCAACCCCUCCACCGUAGCCAUGGGCCAGAAGAUCUCUGGCGGCAUUAAAUCAGUCGAUGGUCGUGGGGAAACUGGUGGCUCACCAUCCUAUCGACCUACAGCUCAUCGCCGGCAGCAUCCGGAGCUGAGGGGUCCAGAUUUCUCCAAACCUCCCAGACUGGAUCUCCUACUAGACAUGCCAUGUGCUGGACUGGAGACCCAGCUACGGCAUGCGUGGAAUGCAGAUGACCGCUCGCUCAACAUCUUUAUCAAAGAGGACGAUAAGUUGACGUUUCACCGCCACCCGGUCGCUCAGAGCACAGAUUGCAUCCGGGGGCGGGUCGGAUACACUCGGGGUCUCCAUGUGUGGAAGAUCCACUGGCCUGCAAGGCAGCGAGGCACCCACGCUGUGGUUGGGGUGGCCACGUCUGACGCUCCUUUACAUUCUGUUGGGUACACAGCCUUAGUGGGAUCGGACUGUGAGUCCUGGGGCUGGGAUCUGGGAAGAAAUAGGCUCUACCAUGACAGUAAGAACCGGGCCCACAGCUCGCUGCCUUCUUACCCCUGUUUCCUUGAGCCGGAGGAGUCGUUCACCUUGCCGGACUCUCUGCUAGUGAUACUGGACAUGGACGAGGGGACACUAAGCUUUAUGGUGGAUGGACAGUAUCUAGGAGUGGCAUUUAGAGGGCUAAAAGGAAAGAAGCUCUAUCCCAUCGUCAGCGCUGUGUGGGGACAUUGUGAGAUAUCCAUGAGGUACAUCAACGGCUUGGAUCCUGAGCCUCUUCCUCUGAUGGAUUUGUGUCGUCGUGCGGCCCGCCUGGCGUUGGGUCGGGAUCGGCUUCAGGAGAUCGAGAGCCUCCCUCUGCCCCAGUCCCUUAAAAAUUACCUCCAAUACCAGUGACUGACACCAGCAGAGCCAACUGGGAACGCAAGGACACACAACAGACCACCAGAAAGUCUAAAGAAGGAUGGAUGAAAGAAUUAAUUUAAGGAUGCAAAGAGAGGACAGCUGAUGGAGGAAUGUCCACACUGGGAGCUCCGCGGCUCACAUGGAUUUAUAUACGGACAAAUAGGAAUAUGGUGGGAGUUCAGGCUUUCACAUAAAGACAGGACAGCACCAGCUUCUUUUGGAUUUCGAGCUGCUUUUUCAUUCUUUUAGGACUUGAAAUAAAUUAUUAAUGAUGGUAUCCCAUCAGUGUCUCACUCAUCCAGAAUGAAUCCUCUAAUGGCACAGUGUGGCUAAGUGGCGACAGACUAGUAAGACGACCACCGCCAUCUAGUGACGAGAAUAAAAACGGCGCAGAGAAAGCACACUAACCCCAUCCAUGGAGGCCUUUCUGACAUGCAGUCAGUGACCAUAUCAUUGCUGUUGGAUAACGUAGUGUGUGCUCAUGAAUUCCACUGGCACAGGUGACAGCCUGCAGAGUCUACAUGUCCAAGAGGAUUUUAGCACUAAUGAUGUGUUAAUGUGGUCGAUCCGGGGCCCGACCCAAAGCUCACACUGCAUAAAAAGAAGAUCGACACAUGGCUGUAAGGUGAACGUAAACAGGAAAUCAGCAUGCCAAACUUACCUCCCGGCUUUAUGCAAACAUUUGCUGACAGCUUAGUCCUUUUCAGACAUGUAACAUCUUCAUCUGUUUGCUGGCUUUUGGAAACUCAAACUUCAGAUAUUUAUAUUGGCUUUACUCACAUUGCUUGCGUGGUAUUUGGCACCGGGUGCAGUAGUGAGUUAAAGUCACGAUACAAAGCAAAAAGAAAAAGAGUGCAACUGUAAUUAAAUUAAUUUUUGUAACGUCUUAAUUGCUGAUCAGUGUCACUGGAAGAGUUCUCACUCAUCCAUUUCAAAAUUGUGCACAAACAGUGCACAAGUAAUUUGUCGUCCAUGUCUUAUCUUUUGGUUUCAAAUCUUUCACCUUUUCUGUAACAUGAAAUCAGAGCAGUGUGAGUUUAGUUUUAUCAAAUGUAACUGACAAUAAUUGAACAACUUAAAAACUUAUUAGAUUUUACCAACAAUCAGGAUCACACAGCUCAAGAGUAGCAUUACAGUCAGAUGAGCACUCAGAAGGAGAAAUAUGAAAAUCUCUAAUGUGAAGCGGAGCUGAACAAUUAAUUUGUUUCAAAUCGCAAUUUGAAGCCACAUGACUAGCAGAUUGCAAAGCUGCAAUUUAGGAUCAUUUUUGCAGCACAUCUGACCCAAAGUUUAAACUGUUAGUGGUUUUUAAAAUGUACACCGUGCUCCUUGUCUGAAAGUGAGAAAAAUUUCUCAUGUUUCAAAGCUCCAUCACAAGUUUGAAAUGUCUUACACAGUGAAUACUGAAUUGAAGUCACAAAUGAAAUAUUUUAGAAAAAUUGCUCCACCGUUAUGUGAAAAGUGUUCUAUGUUCAGAAGGAAAUAUUGUGCAAAUAAGAAAGAUAAAAGUCAAACAUGGUACUGGAGUUAAAGUGAUUCAGAUUUGUGCUGUGUAGAAAGCAUGGAAGUGGAAAUGUUACUCAUUCUUGCCAUCAUGACUUUUACAUAAUAAGUUGCAUGUCUGCAAGAGGCUUUAUUUAAAAAGGACCAGACAGGACAAACCUGCUCGUUGUUGAAAGUACAGUUUUUAUUGUACUGGGACCGAUUGUCACAGGACACUAAAUCUUAUGAUGUCAAAUCACAACCAAAGUAUUUCAUACUAAGCUGUGGAGUGGACUAAUGUGUCUCGGAGCUGUAGGUCGUGGCCCAACAUGAAUCUAGUGCUGACUGCUGUUGGCAUGAAGAGACACCUGCUGUUGUUUGUAGCACCCUGCUGUAGCUCACUGGUAGCAGACAGUUUCUGUCUGCUGUCUGCACAACUGUCUUAAUGACCACAAACUAACAGGACCAGAGCAGAUCCAGCCUCACUGGAUCUAAAGUAUAGACUGUAGCGAGACGUAGGAAUAUUACUGCUACUGUAGCAGCACAGCUGAUGUAUUGCUGACUCAGAAUAGGAUACAGAUGACCAAUGCACAACCACAUAUACACACACUGAAGACCAAUCAUGUUUUCUUUCCUAAAAAAAAGGCUUGAGUCACUUUUUUUUUUACUUCUGAGUUUGUAUACUCCAUUAUUAAUAUUAUUAUUGUUAUUCUUAUUUUUGUGAGUGUGGGGCCUGGUUUUGAUGAUGGUAGGAUGAUGAUGAUGAUGAUGAUGAUGAUGAUGAUGUUUAUUUAUCACAAGCUAGUUCUAUGUUUGUUUUGUUAAACUGAUCGUUGAUGGUUACAUUCAGGUAAAUUUAAUACAAAGAUACUGGUGACGAAGGGAGAGAGAAAUCGAACCUUGUUUCUUCAAUGCUGCUUUUAUUAUUAUUAUUAUUAUUAUUAUUAUUAUUAUUAUUAUUAUUAUUAUUAUUAUUAUUAUUAUUAUUAUUAUUAUUAUUAUCAAUGGUGGUUAUCUUACCCCCGUUUGUCUGAGUUGGGAUGGGGAGAAAAGAACCAUUUCAGAAAAGUAGUAGAAUGUAUGGACAGACGGUGCAUUUGAGAUGUCAGCAGACAUGAAAUGUGAAUAAAAGCCAAGUGAAUUUGAA